GACUUCCUGAAGUGAAUACUGACCAAAUAUGAUGCAGGACAAGCUGUAAAACUGUGGAUCUUUGACACGCAGGACCAGGAAAUAAUCUCCUACAGCAAAGAUCUUUUAGCACAUGCCGGUGAGAAGCAUGUUCCUGUGGCAAUACCUGACACUCCUCCUGCCGAUUACUGUUCACAUAUGCAAAGCUCAGGAUUGUGAUGAAUUCACAGAUCUAGAUCUCAGUCAUGCCAUCAUUGGAACAAGCGUCGAAAUCAGGUUGCUGCUGUACACGAGGGAAAAUAUCACCUGUGGUAAACUCCUGUCCCACACCAACCUGUCAGCCAACCCCCACUUUAACCUCUCCAAACCCACCACCUUCAUCAUUCAUGGGUAUCGGCCCACUGGAUCUCCUCCUAUGUGGGUGAAUAAAAUUUCAAAGCUGCUGCUGGAGAGGGAGGAUGUUAAUCUGAUAGUGGUGGACUGGAACUACGGAGCUGCUAAUGUGAAUUAUUUUAAGGCAGUGGAGAACACACAGAUAGCGGCGGAAAACCUCACAGCUUUCAUUGAACUGAUGCAGACACAAGGUGCCUCCCUGAGCACCAUCCACAUGAUAGGGAUAAGCCUUGGGGCUCAUAUAUCAGGAUUUGUGGGUGCUAACCUGAUGGGGUCCAUAGGAAGGAUUACAGCUCUGGAUCCUGCUGGGCCUCAGUUCACAGGCACCUCUAUAGACCAGCGCCUGGACGCCUCAGACGCACAGUUUGUUGAUGUGCUGCACACAGACAUAGACGCUCUUGGCUUCAGGGAGCCUCUGGGUCACAUUGAUUUCUACGCUAACGGGGGAACAGACCAACCUGGCUGUCCAAAAACCAUCUUCUCUGGAGGAGCCUAUUUCAAAUGUGACCACCAGAGGUCAGUGUAUCUCUACAUGGAAUCUGUGAACCGGUCGUGUACCAUUAAGGCGUUUCCCUGCUCCUCAUACAAAGACUUUCUGGAUGGAGAGUGCCUGAGCUGUGAGCGCUUUGGUGCUGCUGGAUGUCCCAUCUUUGGUCAUGAUGUGACAAAGUGGAAAGAUGUCCUGCGAAAACUGCGGCAAACAAAAACCUACUUCACCACAAAUGGAGGCGCACCAUUCUGUAUGACAAACUACAGGGUGGAUGUGAUGAUCUGGAAUGAAGAUGUGCGCUGGGGAUACAUAACUAUCAAACUUCAUGGUACUGGUGGAGAAACCAGCGCAGCCGUUGACCAUACAGCAGCAAAGUUCCAGAAGUUCACAGAGACCAGGUUAUUCGCUCAUUUUGACAGAGACAUUGGAGUGGUGAAAAAAGUGUCUGUCACAUUCACCACCGGGAACGUGUUCAAGCCCAAAUAUAAGCUCCGAGUUCUCCGACUCCGCCUCACUCAUCUGGAGCGUGAAGAGAGGCCGCUGUGUCGAUACGACAUCCUUCUCAAAGAGAAUAAAGAGGUCACAUUCAGGCCGAUUCCCUGUGAAGAAUCCAACUUCUGAGGAUGAAACUCCUCUUGUUUAAAAAGACUCAGAUGGCUCUUCAGAUGCUCUGUGGUUUACAAAAUCAAUACAGAAUACAAAGAUAGUGUAUUACAUAUGUAAUCCUGGCAGUGACGCCAUCCUUUAUGAUAAGACAAAUGAAAAAUGAUAUGAUAUACAGUAUAAAUGUUUAAGAGAGAUAAUAUGUUUAUAAAUCCUGCCGUUUUUAUGAAUCUAUCAUCCCAACAAAGGGAAUUAUUCACAUUUCAUUGCAUAUUUUUAUUCUUAUGUUUGAAAAUGUUUUUUCUUUGAUGAAAAGGAUGACUAAGUAUAACAAUGAUGGACUUGACUAGAUCAAUAUUGUUCCAUUUUAAAGCAACAUUUUUUCUUUAUUUUCUUCUCCCAGUUGUCAGAUUUUACAUCUGCCUACAGAAGAGCAUAGCCUUCACUAAAGAAGAAAUUUGAACCCCUUAUCUUAUAAUUAUUUUAGCUUUUUGUAAAUAAAUCUCUUUUCUUACAAUUAAAUGACCCUGUAUCUCACAAUUAUGAGAAAUGAUCUUAUCCAUAUCUCAAUUAUAAUAUCAGGGGUUUCAUUUUUAUUCUCUUUGGUAAAUGCAAUACACUUCCAUACAUUAUAUAAGACCACAGUGUGAUCAGAUUAACAUAUAUAUAUAUAUAUAUAAAAAAUAUAUAUAUUACUGUUUUUACUCACUCCUCACAAGACUGAAAAAUGUCCAAGUAUUAACUCUUUUUUUGGUUGUUUUAUUCCUGCCAUCCUUUGCAAAGAAGAUUCUUUUUGUAAUAUUUUUUUUUUUUUUGAUAGUUCCUCAAUCAAACACACAAGGCUUUUAACCAAAAAUAUUUAUUUGUAUAUAUGAAUUCAUUGUUUACUUUGAAUAAAAAUGUAUUUCAGUAAUGGCUAAUAUGUCUGUCAAGCUCACAAUGCACUCAUACGUCAAGAUGAAAGCUGAUUGGUCUGGUUUUGUACCAUCAAAAGUCAAAGUGUUGAAAAACUAAAUGCAUGUGAAGUAUGAUUUAAAGGGAUGUUUCUGUUUUUUUCUUUUUAACUGGUUGCAUAAGGUACCUGGCAAUAGUAGUUGUAAUAGCCUGAAGGGAUUUCAGAGAGUGCUGCCCCUUUAAAUAUGACCCACUUGGAUAAAACUAGGCUCUAUACAGCUUAGCAGAUGGGCACAGCUGCUCCUGGUAAUUUAGCAAGUUUUAGGUAAAAUGGGCCAAAAAACAAUACU